AUGAGCGGCGCCUGCACGAGCUACGUGAGCGCCGAGCAGGAGGUGGUGCGUGGCUUCAGCUGCCCGCGGCCGGGGGGCGAGGCGGCCGCGGUCUUCUGCUGCGGCUUCCGCGACCACAAGUACUGCUGCGACGACCCGCACAGCUUCUUCCCCUACGAGCACAGCUACAUGUGGUGGCUCAGUAUUGGUGCUCUUGUGGGCCUGUCCAUAGCAGCAGUGGUCCUCCUGGCCUUCAUUAUCACUGCCUGUGUGCUUUGUUACCUGUUCAUCAGCUCAAAACCCCACACAAAGUUGGACCCAGGCUUAAACUUACAGACUACAGAGGCACCAUUCAUCCUUGGUCUCUUCCAUCAGUGGGUUUUAAAGCAUAGGAGUGUUCUACAUAAAGAAGACCCUGAUGAGGUACCCCUUGAUUGCCAAGGUGGAAACAUGGGCAACUCAGUGGAGGUGCCAGGAGUGAGUCUCAGGCAGAGUCACCCCUUCCUGAACUCACGGCUGGACUGCAAUGAGGAGCAGGCUAAGGAUCCCAAAUGCCUCCUCCAGCACUGCUUCAUGGCUACAGUGACCGCCAGUGACCUUCCAGGGAGCCCUGAGGAAGUUCCCGUCCCCAGUCUAUUACACCCAGCCCCAUAA